AGGGAGCUGGUAAGAAGAGAAGAAGAAGCAGCCAUGGAAGCGGAAGAAAAUUUGAGAAGAAGGGAAGGCAGAAAAAAAAAAAAAGGCAAGAAGAAAGAAAAAUAUGAGGAUCGUCAUGCUGGCGACCUUGGAAAUGUCACUGUUGGGGAUGAUGGAACUGCAACCUUCACUCUUAUUGACAAGCAGAUACCUCUAACCGGACCACACUCUGUCAUUGGUAGGGCAGUUGUUGUCCAUGGCGACCCAAAUGACCUGGGCAAGGGUGGACAUGAGCUUAGCAAAUCCACUGGAAAUGCUGGUGGCAGGGUAGCUUGUGGUAUUAUCGGUCUGCAAGGAUGAACUUGAGCACCAAGCGAAAGACAUGGAGUUUCAGUUAAAUGUAUGAAGUUUCUAUAAGCCUGAGAGAAAUUUAGAACUCUUUUGAAUAAGAAAAAUACAUGUCUUGUUUAGCUGACAGUGUUUGGUGUUUAAAAUUCUGUCCAAACUUCAUUGACUGGAAAUCUUGGAUGCAUAAAGUGCUUAUGAGUUUGAUCA